ACGAUGAGUGAUGCAAUGGACCUGGAUGCGCCCCGCGGCGCCAAGCGGAAAGCCGAUGCUCUAAACGAGACGCCAGUUCCCCGCCGGAUCAAGGCCCUCGAUCAAGACGUCGUCAACAAGAUUGCCGCCGGAGAGAUCAUUGUCGCUCCGGUCCACGCGUUGAAGGAGCUGAUUGAGAAUGCCGUGGACGCAGGCUCCACAUCCAUCGAAGUUCUGGUGAAAGAUGGCGGCCUGAAGCUGCUGCAAAUCACCGACAACGGCUCGGGCAUUGAUAAGGAGGACUUGCCGAUUCUGUGCGAGCGCUUCACUACGUCCAAGUUGCAAAAAUUCGAGGACCUCCAAACCAUCGCCACCUACGGGUUUCGCGGCGAGGCCCUGGCCAGCAUCAGCCAUAUUGCCCAUCUCACAGUGACCACCAAAACUCGCGAGUCGAACUGCGCCUGGCGAGCCUACUAUGACGGCGGGAAGCUGGUGCCUGCCAAGCCUGGUCAGUCGCCGGACCCGAAGCCUGUGGCCGGCCGGCAAGGUACCCAGGUCACGGUCGAGGACCUGUUCUAUAACGUCCCGACCCGUCGACGAGCCUUCCGCUCACCUUCGGACGAGUACAACAAGAUCAUCGACAUGGUAGGCCGCUACGCCGUUCACUGCUCCAAUGUUGCCUUUUCCUGCAAGAAGCAUGGCGAGUCCUCAACGAGCAUCGCCGUCCAGGCGAGCACUUCGUGCCACGACAGAAUCCGUCAGAUAUACGGAGGCGGCAUUGCGAGCGAACUCACCGAGCUCUCCACGUCCGAUGACCGCUGGGCGUUCAAGGCCAAGGGGCUCGCCACCAAUGCCAACUACAGUACCAAAAAGACGACCAUCCUUCUGUUCAUCAACCACAGGUGUGUGGAGUCGUCCAACAUCCGAAAAGCCAUCGAGCAGACAUACUCGGCUUUUCUUCCCAAGGGCGGGCACCCCUUUGUAUACCUGAGCCUCGAAAUUGACCCGCGCAGGGUAGACGUCAACGUCCAUCCCACAAAGCGCGAGGUCAACUUUCUGAACGAAGACGAGAUCAUUCAAGCCAUCUGCGAGCACAUUCGCGCCAAGCUCGCUGCGGUGGACGCCAGUCGGACCUUUGUGACGCAGACCCUUCUGCCGGGCAGCACCUGGUCAGGCCUGGCCCCGGACUCUCAACAACAGUCAGCAGCGGCCGCCGCUUCUAAGGCAAGCGGCGGCGGCGGCGGCAGCGCUCGAAAGACCCCCGCGCGGCCCAACGAAAACAGUCUCGUCCGGACCGACGCCAAUCUGCGCAAGAUCACCAGCAUGCUAGCCCCUGCCGCUGCGGGGGCGGCGGCCGGCGGCGGCGGCGGUGGCCAGCCGCUCGAUCCCCGGGCCGACGCUGAUGUGAUGGAGUACGAGACGGUCGACCGCGAGGUCACCGCUUGUCGCCUGAUCAGCAUCCGCGAGCUGCGGGCCGCCGUGCGCGAAGAUAUGCACCAGGAGCUGACCGAGAUCUUUGCCAACCACACAUUUGUCGGCAUCGUCGACGAACGUCGUCGCCUCGCGGCCAUCCAGGGCGGUGUCAAGCUGUACCUGGUCGACUACGGCCGCGUCUGCUUCGAAUACUUUUACCAGCUGGGGCUGACCGACUUUGGCAACUUUGGCGUCAUCCGCUUCAGCCCUCCGCUCGACCUCAGGGAGCUGCUCACCCUGGCUGCGCAGCAAGAGAAGGACGCCGCCGUUGCCGCCGCCGCCGCCACCACCGGCGGGGACGGGGACGGGGGCGAGGACGAAGACUUUGACGUCCCCGAGAUCGUCGGCCUCGUCGCCGAGCAACUGAUUGAGCGGCGCGAGAUGCUGCUCGAGUACUUCUCUCUCGACAUCUCGCCCGCGGGAGAGCUGCUCGGCAUCCCCCUGCUCGUCAAGGGCUACACUCCAGCCCUCGUCAAGCUCCCGCGCUUCCUCCUACGGCUGGGCCCGCACGUCGACUGGGCCGAAGAGAAGCCGUGCUUCGAGUCCCUGCUUAAAGAGAUCGCUGCCUUCUACGUGCCCGAACAGCUGCCUGCCACGCCCGGGAACGAAGACGGGGGAGCUGCGGCACAGGAGAGGGAAAUUGACGACGAGAUCAAGGCCCGCCGUAGCCACGUGCGUCGGGCGCUCGAGCACGUCCUCUUUCCGGCGUUCAAGUCCAGAUUGGUGGCUACCAAGUCGCUGAUGCAGGAUGGGAUCCUGGAGGUGGCCAACCUCAAGGGUCUGUAUCGCGUGUUUGAGCGGUGCUAGCAGCUGUUAUGUAUACAGUACCGUACAUAUAUAUAAUCCCGAACCCACCUUCAGGACGUGCACGCUUCCUGUGUACGUGACUAGGUAGCUU